AUGAGGGACUCAAAGCUCUGCCUUCUGCUGAUCCUUGGCACAACAGCUUUGGCUGUUGCCCAAGAUGUGGAUCAGCCAACUUGUCUCCUGGCCACAAGAUACAAAACCCUGCACAAGUACGAAUACCAAUACGUAGCUGAAUCUCUGAAUGCCAUCAAUGGAGCUUCAUCCGUCAAGAACGGACCUAGGGCAACAUGCAAAGUUGAAAUCGAAGUUCCACAGACUUGCAGUUUCAUCGUGCGCACCACAGGCUGUAGCUUGAGUGAAGUGGUUGGCGUUGACUCAAAUGGCAACCCUGAAUUCAAUGCUGCCCCCAGCUCGGAUGUCUUUGCUGCUCAAAUGGAAAGAUAUCCUCUGAAGGUUGUUGUUGAGGGUGUGUCUGAUGUCAAACUGUACCCUGAGCAUGGUGAAACAACAACUACCCUAAACAUCAAGAGGGGUAUCAUCUCAGCUCUGGCGGUGCCUCUGAUGGAACAGGAUAAGACAAAGGAAAUGCCAACAAUCCAUGGUACGUGCAAGACCUACUACACCAUCAAUGCUAGAGAGGACAUUGCAACUGACAUCAGCCUGGAAAGGGACCUUUCUUCUUGUGACAAAUUUGUCCCAGUAAGAGAUUAUACCAGCCCGUUGGCUCUCAUCUCUGGAAUGCAAUACCCUCUUUCCAAGCUCGUCAGAAGCUCACAGACCUGUAACUACAAGUUUGACAAUGAGAAGAAACACAUGACCUCUGGCUCCUGCACAGAGAAGCACAUCCUGAUCCCAUUCUCCCACAAGGGCGAAUAUGGAGUUACAAAUGUUGCAAAGCAAGAAUUGACUCUGAUACAGGUUUCUACUUCCAACGACAGAGUGUUUGAUCACGGUGAUGAUUACAAAGGUCUUCAUAUGGACACUGUUGAGCACAAGACAUAUUUCCAGUUCAGGAAUAAAGAUUAUUUUCUGGAUCUGCUGAGUGACCUGACCAAUUUGCCUGAUACCCAGGGCGAGAAGAGAGCACACAUCUUCCAUCAGCUUGUCACCGUGGUCCGCAGAAUGAAGAUCGAAACUCUGAGCAGUGCCCUCCCUGAGGCUCUUGUCCUAUCCCGUGUCUUGACCUACCAAGUUCUGGCCCAGUGCGGAACCCAAGAGUGCAGCAGUGCUAUCAUGCAGAUUCUUAGAAGCUUUGAAACCAAGGCGGUUGAAGUUGAUGCCACAGUUUUUGCAUUAGGACUUGUUUCUAAUCCUUCCGCUUUGCUGAUCAAUGACAUGCUUGAAAUGGUCAAGUACAAGCCCAGCAAGCCCAUGAUGUAUGGCCUGAGCAAUGUAGUCAAGAGGUUUUACAAAACCGAAGGAAAACUGAUCCCUGAGAUUCGCUCUGUUGCCGAGUUCCUGGCAGGUCAUUUGGGUGACUGUGCUGGUGAUCAAGACAACACUUUCCUGACUUUGAGGGUUAUUGGGAACAUGGCUCCUGCAAUUGAGCCUGCUAGUCCUGCACUCAGAGCUUCACUGCUGCAGUGUGUCAACCAACCAGAUGCCUCCUUGGCGGUGCAGCAAGCUGCCAUCCAGGUUUAUCGCCUGACACCCAUCUCAGAUGAGGGAAGAGAAAUUCUCACUCAGGUCGUUUUGGACAGUGCCAGCCCACUGCAAAAGAGAAUCGCUGCAUACCUUGUGCUUAUGAAGGACCCCCUGCCUAGUGAGCUGGUGCGUUUGGCCACUGCCUUGCCUACUGAGGGAGAUACCCAAUUCAAGAGCUUUGUGGUGUCUCACCUUACCAACAUUCUGUCUUCAACUGAGCCUAAAACUGAAGAACUCCGACAAAAGAUUCGUGACGCCAUCCAGGACAAUGACAUUGGACCCAUCAUGAGCCCCAUGAAGUUCUCUCGUAACUACCGGAUCGGAUCUGUAGAGGGAAAUAUGAUCUUUGAGGACUCGAGCUACUUGCCCAAGGAAGCCAUGCUGGAAAUGACUCUAAAGGCAUUUGGCUUUGACAUUGACAUGAUGGAGAUUGGCAUGGAGGGUAAAGGAUUUGAACCAACUGUUGAGGCACUGUUUGGUGACGAUGGAUUCUUCCCUGACACUGCUCUGAAGACAAUGUACUUUGUUUCUGACAACGUACAAGCAGUCAGUGAAAUUGUACAGCGUUUCAUUCCUGGUUUUACGAAAGCUCAGAUGAAGAGACAGCUAUCUCAGAAUUUCCUGAAUGAACUUGGGCAAAACUUCAACACAAUGAUGAAAAAGCUUGAGGCCACUACGUCUCCAGAGGCGAUGAUGUAUCUGAGAUUGUUCGGAAAUGAGCUGGGAUAUCUGAAGACCAGUGAGAUGGGAGAUGUGGCGUACUCUGCUGCCUUGAUGUUCGAGAGCAUGUUCAAGAUGUUCCCCACUGAUCUCUUGAUGGGACUGAUGACAAAGACUGACAACACCAUCUUUGCACACUACAUCUUCAUGGACAAUGACUUUUUCCUGCCAACGGUCACUGGCCUGCCUUUGAAAAUUGCCUUGUCCGGGACCUUCACCCCUGGUAUCAAGGGUGGACUUCAGAUUGCCCGUGACAUGAGUGAAGUAGCUUUCAUGCCCUCUGCUGGGAUUGAGUUUACAACUCAUGUUGGAGCCUAUAUUCCUGAAUAUCUUAACACUGGAUUGGAGAUGCAUUCUAACAUCUUCCAUGAGAGCGGUCUUCAAGCCAAGAUCUCAAUGGGACGUGACCAUGUCAAGCUGACCAUUCCUGCACCAAAAAGCCCAACCAAGCUGAUAGAAAUGACGAACACCUUGGUGGCAGUGAAUAAUCUAGAUGUUGAGACUAUCACCCCAACAGUGACAAACACCGUUGAUGUUAGUAAAUGCACGCCCUUCUUUGCUGGGAUGAAAUCCUGCACUGCUCUUCAGUACAAUGAUGCUUUCUCUCAAGAGACAUCACCCUACUUCCCCUUCACCGGUGACAGCAAAUUUGCAUUGGAGCUCCAUCCUAAUGGUGAAGUCAAUGAGUACACAGCCACCCUUGCCUACGAGCUGCUGAAGGAAGGAGAUGAGGGCAGGCAAAAAGUUGACUCUGUGAAGUUUGUUGUACGAGCUGAAGGUACAGAUCCCACUGAGGCCAGAGCAGUCGUGAAAUACAACAGAAGGAAGCACACAGUCACUGCUGACAUCCAGAUUCCUGACUAUGAUUUCGAAGCAGGAGUGAGGGUUGGUGUUAUUGAUGGAAAUACCAAAGGAAAGGGAACCCACUCCAUCUAUUUGGAUCUCCUUAACAAAAACGUCCCUGAGCUUUCCCUGAUUGGCCGAGCCAAUCUUGAGAUGAUGAAGAAAGGUAUGCUUCAAGUUCAGCUUCUGGUCCCCACACUGAACGUUGAUGCUUCAGUCACAGCUAACAUGAAGCGAGAGGAUGAAUUGGAGUUGAAGGUGAAGACUGAAGUCAAGGUCCUGGAAGCUGUGUCCAAGCAGGAGAUUGCCUUGAAAUAUGAUGACAUCAAGGUUGCAGUUGAGUUCAAAUCUGAUGCGAAGACUGGUGUCACCUUUGGGCCAUUCUCUGAUGUGUUUGAGACGUACACACAACAACUUCUUGACACACAGGUGGGACAGACUGAUAUGAAAGUUGCUCACAUCUUCAAGAAGCUUGGGGAGGCAGCAAACAAUUACAUGGAGAAGUAUGGUCCUGAGAUCCCUUACAUUCAGAACUUCAGAGUUCCAGAGAUGCCAGAGAUUUCUCUGCCUGAGACACUGUUCCUGAACACUGAAACAAAGGCUGUGUACUACUUCAACAAUGAGCGCUUUACCAUUUCCAUCCCACUCCCUCUGGGAGGAAAGUCAACUGUGGAGAUGCAAUUCCCACCAGCUUUAACAACACCUCACCUGUCUCUGCCUGAGUUCGGACUGGAGAUUUCUUCAAUGGAGAUUCCUCUCCCGGAAUUGUUUGUCCCUGAGCGUCUCACUUUUACAGUCCCUCUUUUCGGCAAAGCUGAAGUCUCAACCGAGAUGAAGAGCAACCUCUACGAACUUGAGGCCUCAAUUGCAGCUGGGAAAGAUGUUGUGGAAACUCCAAGUUAUUCUGCCAAGUUUGAUGUCAAAGGAACUUCACCUUUUGAAAUACUCUCCGCCAAGAUGGAAGGCUCUGCCAUGUUGGUCACCACCGAUUCUCUCAAGGCCCAGGUGAAAGGCUCUUUGUCACACAAGUUCAUUGAAGCCAGUGUGAGCUAUACUGAGGAAGCAACCAUCACUGACAAAAUUAAUGUGCAGACAACUGGCAAGAUUGAAGCCACAAGCCCGUUUAGUCUUAAUGUUGACAUUGAGCAUAACUCCAUGACAGGAAUCAAUGCUGAAAAAAUGUCUGUUGAUAGCAACUUCAAGGGAACGUUCAAAGCAGGACCCCUAUAUGGCAAGACCAUUUCAGCUCAGAAUUUCAACAUGAGUCCAUUCAUAGCAGAUGUAAACCUGAAUUCUUUGGUUGAGUUUGAAUCAAAUAUUCUUCAGGCUAAAAACAGAUUCAGCGCAACCCUUGCUAAUGGUGAAUUGCUUGUCGUUUCUAACACCAAUGCCUUUGAAGAUACCUUGACUCAUGUGGCUGAGCUGGCUUUCGCUGACAACAAACUGUCACUGAAGUGCGACUCAAGUGCCCUUGCUCUUGGCAUGCGAAUCCACAACAAGGCUGAAGCUUCUGCUGGAGCCGGCAAAAUGUCUCUGCGAGUGGAAACGAAUGGUGACCGUUCUGAAGAUCAGGUCUACUCUCUGCUAACUUCAACUCUUGAUGUCAAUGGUCUGACUAUGAGCAGUGAUGCAAUCAUUAAGCUUCUACAAAACACUGCCAUGCACAAAGCCACCCUGAAACUAGACAAAGAUGGUUUAACCACAAGUGGAACAAACACUCUUCAGAGUCCAUUGUCCCUGGAAAACACCUUUAAUUUUGGGCUGGACACCACAAGAGCAACUCUCAUCUUAAGCAACAAGGCUGCACUGUUCGACCUCAAGUUUGAUAAUGCCAAUGAUCUCACCUUAACACUCUCUAACCUUAAAUUGAACUCUAAGGCAAGAGCCCAAGCCAGUGAGUAUGCCUCCUAUAAGCAUGACAUUGCAUUUGACCUGACACCCUAUGCAGCAUCUGGCAAAGUUAACAACCACCUGAAGCUUCUCACUGCUAGCAUCAUAAAUGAUGCUGAGUUGAAUGCAGGCCUUUACAAAAUGGACCUGAUAGGUAGCGUGAAAGCCAACUAUGAUCAGCAAGAGAUCAAGCACAUUUAUCAGAUUAACUACGCGGACAUGACUGCCAACGCAAAGUGCAGCACCACUGGAAAUCUUUUUGGAACCUUCAUGAGUCAUAACUCAGAGCUUGAAAUUAUUGGUCUUGCUGCCAAGUUCACCAAUGAUGCUCGCUUCAACUCACAGCUUAUGCGCUUUGACCACAGCCUUCGUUCCAGCAUUGUUCCAUUCGACUUCAACCUUGAUGCCAUUUUUAACGCUGAUGGAGAUGUGGCUUUGUAUGGGAAGCACAGUGCACAGCUCUAUGGCAAGUUCCUCAUGCGAGCACAACCCUUGGCUUUUGCCAGUUCACACGAAUGCCGAGCCUCUGUCAACCAGGCACUAGACAAUGGCAUUUCCCUGGAGACUACAUUUGACAAUAAAAUGGAUGUUGCUCUUUCAACUACCGAACAGAAGACCGGUGUUAGUCUAAAGUCUAAAAUCAACAACCAUGCCUUUAAUCAAGACAUGAGUGUGUACAACACUGCUGAGGGAACUGGAAUGGCAGUUUCUUCUGCUAUCUUCACAAACAUCAUCAACAGUGAAUCCACAGACAACCAGGAAUUUAGUCUCUCAAGUUUCCUCAAGUACGAUAAGAACACAAACUGUCAUAUCAUUCAGUUCCCUCUGUUGGAAAAUGUGCCAGUCUUCGUGGAAGGCAUUAAGGAUGUUAUUGUCCGUGUUGCAGAGAUUGUUCAGGACUACAUCAACAAUGAUGAGAUCAGAGCAAAACUUGAGACACUUCCUCAGCGUGUAAGUGAGUUUGUUACUCAACUUAACCUCGAAGGCAAAGUUAGUCAGUUGAAGGAGUACUUCAAUGGUCUUGCCCUAAAUUAUCCGAUUUCCAUGGAGGAUGUGGAUGCUGCUGUAAAAAACAUGAGGGUUAUUUUUGACAAAAUAAUCACCGAAGUCUCCUUUUACAUUCAGCACUAUUUUACCAUGUUAGAACAGAUUAUUCUUGAUGGCGAACUUUCUGAAACCAUCUCGUCAAAGAUCCAGGAAUUAGUCAAUGCAAUUAAUGCCAAGUAUGACAUCAAGGGAAUGGUCGUGUAUGUCAUUGACACCUUGAAGAGGAUGAUUAUGCAGAUUGACUUGGAACAAUUGAGAGACUCUAGUGUAGCAUUCUUGCUCAAAAUUGAUGAGGAAUACCAAAUCAUGAAUACUCUAAAUGAUUGCCUGAUCAGCAUGAAACGCUCAGUUGAGAAUUUUGACGUUGCGGAUUUUGUUGCUGAAUUGAAGGAGUUCAUCAAAGCAAUCAGUAGUGCCAUGAAGGAUAUAAGUCAAAUCGCAACUAAGCGAUUUGAUCAGAUAAAAGAGUACAUCAUGGAAGUGGUACAGGAUCUCAAUAUCUAUGACAAAAUCAAUGCAUUCUCUGCCAAGCUAAGGGAGUUUGUUGUGAAGUUUGAAGCUGACAAAAAGGUCCAAGACAUCUUAGAAAAACUGGAGGAAGUCAUCAAGAUGUUGAAAAUUAAUGACAUACUUAACACUGCUGCCACAAUGUUGAAGGAUGCAGACAUCCCAACCAAAUUCCAACAAAUCUUCCAGACAGUUAUUGACUACAUGAAAACCACUGAAGUUAAGGAUAUGAUUCAACAACUGAAGUCCUUUAUUGAGUAUAUCAUGCAAGAGAUGGUAUCACUAGAUUAUAACAAGUUUGUGGAUGAUGCUAAUUCUAUAAUUGAGGCCUGUACCACAUACAUUAAUGAUCUCAUCAAGGCUCUUGAAAUCCCCAAGAAACUUGAAGCAGCAAAAGAUCUCUCCAAUGCUGUGUUAAACUCUGCUAAAGGCUUUAUGGAUCGUCUGAGAGAAAUUAGUGUUGCCGAUUACAUUACAAAUGUAAAGGAACUGAUGGACCAGGUUCUGUUUGGAGAUAUCAAGAGAUUAUUUGAAUACAUAAAAGAAGAAGUUACAAAAUUCGACCUUAAAAGUGAGCUUACUUCAUGCCUGGAAUUAGUGAGCAGAUACUACAGGAGUUUCGUGUACAUCACCACUGAUAUAUUGAAUGGUGUGAUUGAUAACAUCAGGUCAGUGUUCCCUGAACAAAAGAUUAUCAGUGAGAUUCAGCAAAUCUUUAGUGCACUGACAAAUGAACUCAAGAAAUAUGAGCUGGAAAUUCCAUCUUUCACCAUUCCGCUCACUGACCUUGUUGUACCAUCCAUGAAGUUAAACAUGAACAAACUUGGACAGGUUGAAAUCCCCACACAGCUGGAUAUCCCUGAGUUCACCAUCCUGGGUUUCUAUAAUAUUAAAGCCACCACUAUUUCCUUUGAUAGCAUCAAGCAGAAAAUCAUUGAAAUGAUUGAUUUCAUCUUGAAUUUCAAUUACACAAUGAUCGACAUUGAUGCUUUCUUUGGAGACCUCACACUGGACUUCCUUCCUUCCAUGCCUGAGAUCAACUUCUCAGAUUACACUCUUCCGGAGAUCUCCUUCCCCACUAUUCCACACUUCCCUGUAGAUAAGCUUGUUGAGUCUCUUUCUAUUCCUGAAAUGACACUUCCAACUAUUCCAAGCGAUAUUAUGGUCCCUUGCUUCGGCAAACUCUCUGGUGAGAUCCGAUUGAAUACUCCCAUCUACACUGUCAAGACAUCUGUUGAGCUUCAGAAUUCCACUCAGGCAGUAACAACACCUCAGUUCAAAACCAUAAUAACUUCCCAAGGCAAAUCUUCUAACUUUGGGAUCCUUAAUUACAAAGUUGACUCAACUGCUCAAAUUGCACUUCCCAAACUGAGUCGUGCUGUGCUUGCAGAAAGCCUCAAGUUCAACCACCAGGCUCUCGCAAUUGAUCACCAAGCCUCUCUAUCACUUUAUGGUUUCUCUGGCCAGGCCCAAGCAAAGACGACAGUGAAUGUCAAUACUCCAAUUUACAGUGCUGAUGUUACCAACGUUGCUUUCAUUGCCAUGGAAGAGGGCAUGGCUGCUUCUCUUGAGACAAACUACAAACAUCUUGUAGACAUUCCAAUCCUCAGUGUCAAAAAUGAUGCUGACAUGAACCAGAAGGCAGUCAUCCGUCAAGAAGGUUUCACCCUCACUUUAACUGUUGACAAUGUUGGCAAGUGUGUUGCCCAGGAAGGAAACCACAUCAGCAACCUGUAUUUGUCACUCAGUCCAAGCCUGGUGACACUGACUCUCUCUGGCAAUACAGACUCAAAACCAUUGACGAUGAAACAGCAAGUAACAGCUGAAGCUAGUCCUCUGCUCUACAAGUUUAACAUUCUCAAUGAAAUGAAGGCCCCAAUCAUUAAGAACAGUGUGCUUACUUCCUCUGGAUUUAUCAAACUAAAUGAGAUGAAGGCUGAGCUUAAAGCAAAUCAUAACACAGAAUUAAUUGGUGCAGUUAAAGGACUCAUUUCCAAUGAACUUUACAUUGCUGCCCAUCCCUACGAGAUUUUCGCUGACUUCGAAAACAAAGUAAAUGGCAGGGUUUCAAUUUUUGGAGCACCAACUGCAAAGAUUGAUUUGCAGAACGAUUAUUCUGCCACUCUGACACCAAACAACCAGAAGAUGAGCACAAUUUACAGUGCCCGUCUUAAUCAGGGUGUGAUUUCCUACAACUUCACUGCAGACAACAACAUAAAUGAGGCUGGUGUCUUUAUAGCAAUGGAUGGCAAUGCCAAUUUUGACUUCCUGAAUAACCCCUUCAACAUUCCGGCUAUGGAAAUUCCUUUUGUUGACAUCCGUACCCCAGAAAUUAAUGAUGUUAACUUGUAUGAGCUGACCGGACUGAAGAACCUCAAGGUUUCUACUGAACAAAAUCUAGAUGUCGAUGCCAAGAUUGUUUAUCAGAAAAAACAAGUUCCUCCUGUUGCUGUUGUAAUGCUAUUCGAGAUUCCCCCUCUGGGUGACCUGAUCACAGAGCUGACCUUUAAGUCUUCUGUCAUCAAUGUGAAUGUCAAUACUGGACUGUAUACAGAAGAUGAUUUUGUAUUCCGUCUGGGAGCUACCACUGCCUCUGUGUUCGAGUGCUUGAAAGCCAAACUUGAUGGCACCACCAGCUUGACCACAAAGAGAGGAAUCAAGUUGGCUAAUUCAUUAUCCCUUGAAAACAAUCACAUUGAAGGUACACAUGACAGCACCUUCAGUAUAAGCACUGAGAAUCUGGAAGCUGCUACUUCUAUGGCAUCAGCUGCACGAAUUUCUUUGCCGAUACUGACACUGGAAUUGAACCACAAUCUGAAUGCAGACACCAAAUCCAAAACUAAGGCUCAUUCAACCAUGAACAUUAAGAGUGAUUUCAAGAUCCCUGUAGUAGAGGCUAUUGGAACAACAACCUCUGAAUUCAGCCUGAAGCUGGAGGGAACCAGUGAUGACAUUUCCAUUGAAGCAUUCACAAAGGCAAACAUGAAUGCCAAAGUGCUUGAUGACAAGCUACUAUUAGCAAACCUGGACAGUGACAUUAACCUGUUCAUGAAUAAUGGCCUACGCUCCACUUCCAAGGUCAUUGCUGAUUUCAAGCUUAACCAAGGACCCACUAAAGUGAUCAACUUUGAUUUAGACGACACCAUGUCUGUGCAAGCCUCCCUAAGUCAAGUUUACGCUACGCUUAAACUUACACAUAACAACGAGCUCAACCUUUUCGGUUUCAACACCAAUGGGAAGCAUUUUGCCCUGGCUACCAUUGAACUUGAACCAGUCUCCAUGACUGCUGAUAUCGAGAUCGUUCUGACACAGCCAAGCAGCCUGGGAGAAUUCACCAUCUCUGACAAAACUGUGGCCGAUGUAAAAGUCGACAAGCAAAAGAUCUCCACUGUCGGCCAGUUCAUCUGUCCAGUGUAUUCCUCAAAAGUUGAUGUACUAGUGGAAGGAAACGCUCCUGUUUUCAAAGGCACAUUUAAAUCCUCUGCUACCUCUGCAUUUGUCUUCUUGGAUUAUGAUAUGGAUGCUUCCUCAACACUCAACUUUGAGGAUGCACUUUUAAACAUGGUUAACAAACUCACCCUGACACAUGCAGACCUCAGCAUGGAUGCCAGCCACGUCAUUGACCAAAGCACAAGUGUUGCUCGCCAGACCGUGAAUAUGGAUAUCACCAGUCAAACUUUCACUGAUGUCAACCUUCGCUAUGCUGCCCGCAGAGAUGUUCUUAGUGCUUCAUUAUCUGCGCCAUCUAUCGGCUUCCUGGGCUUGCAGUUAAAUGGCAAAGUACCAUCUCAGAUGAGCGCAAGAGUCUACGGACGUCAUCCUUCUGCUCCAGAUGCUGAUGUUGACAUCUUGGUCAUAAAAUCCUCUUCAAAGGAUUCAAAUGGGAUGAACCUCCAGAUUGUCUACAACACUGAGACACCAAAAAUUAUGCUCUCUGAACUGAAGCUGCGACUCCCUUCCAUCGUCUCAGCUUUCUCUGAGUUUUUCAACAAGUAUGGCAUCAUGAGCAACAUGGAGGAGUUGAAGAAUGUUGUUGUGAACCGCAUCAGCGAUGUCUAUGAUACCGCCAUCAACUACGAUGUCCAGAUGAGCCAGCUUUCAGUCUUCUUCCAAAACACUAUUGCCCAGUACCAGAAAAACAUCCAGGUCGUCUUGGAUGCUAUCGUCACCUUCCUGAGAGAGACCACGUUCAAACUUCCAGGUUCUGAUGAAAUUACCACGCUUCCUGAAGUCCUGAAGAAAAUGACCGACAGCAUUGCUACUACUCUGGACAAAUUAGUCCAAGUUAUGUAUCAGAACAUGGAAGUCUACUAUAACGUAUUCCUGGAAAAAAUCAGCACCAUGAAAAUCACCAUGCCAGUUGGUGAUGCUGUUACUGUCACCCAGGUCUUUGAAAAUCUGAAAACAAAUGUUCAGGAUAUUAUCACUGGCCUUGUGGAGUCUUUGAAAAAUAUGGAGAGUUUUGACAUAUUGCUGGUGAAGAUUGGCGAGAUCAUGACAGCUGUCGUUGAAAAGUCUAAGCAGUUUGUUGACGCAAUCAAGUCUGACUAUCUAGAUGAAGUGUUCCUCAGAAUCAAUGACAUCUAUCGCAAUAUUGUGAGAGCAGUCAUGGUUGUUGUUGAUAAGAUCUCUGCCCUAAACAUGGAACAGGUCAACAACACAUAUGAUUCCAUUAUGGACAUGUUCAUUAACGUAGUCGAUCAAGUCAACACCACUGUUUUUGAACCCCUGUCACAAGCUUCACAGGAAGCUAUGUUGAAAGUCAGAAAUGGAAGGCUUGAGAUUGACCUCCCCUUUUCUUUCCAGCAAUAA